CAGUUCUAUGCCAGAUGGUGGCCAGAUGCUGCCUGGGAAGACCUCUAUAGUGCAACACUGUUUACUGUUUGUUUGUUUAUCUGGGAUGAUACUAUCGACACCAAUGAACACUUCCUGGCCUCGGACUUCGACAAGGCCAACAUAUGGCGCAAGCAGUCCCUCGAGUACUUCGAAUACCACCUGGGGCUUUUAGAAGAGGAGGACGAACCAGAGAGCCCAGAUGAUGCCUGUCUCCUGUUCAAGGAAUUCGGAAAGAGAUUCUGCAGCAAGUUUGGCCAAGCUCAACGGCAGAGGAUGUUUUCCAGGAUCCAGGACUUCGUUCAAUACAACAUGGUGGAACAAGCUGAGCGCCUGGCGGGCCGUAUCCCAAACUACGAGCAGUACAUGCAGAUACGUUUUGGCGUCACUGGCGUGCGUAUGUUCUCUCUUCUUCUGGAAAUCACCAAUCGAACCGCGCUGCCCGCUGAGAUCAUGGACUCUCUUGAGAUGGAGGCCAUUGUCAGGGAAUGCAACUUCAUUAUCAUCGUGGUAAAUGACAUUCUGUCCCUCAAAAAGGAGAUUGCCACAGACUGCGUCGUCAAUAUCGUCCCUGUUCUCCUCAAGACAGGCCAGCCCCUCGACCGUGUCAUCUCCGGCCUCAUCGAGGAGAUGCACAACUCCAGAGACCGACUCGACAGCAUGGCUGCGAGGCUGAGCGACAUGACACGAGGUAAUUCCCAACUCCACAAAGAUGUCAUGAGGUUCAUCGACGGGAUCCGUAUCAUGGACACUGGGACGCUGAUCUACUCGUGA